CAACUAGAAGAGGACCUAGUUAAGUAUAUAGAGAAGCUGACUAGGCGUCACUUGCAACCUACAAGUCGUAUAGUACAGAAUUUCGCAUCUGCAGUUGCCUCAAAUCCUUGCUCUGAAAGCUGGGUUACUUGCUUCCUCUACUGUCACUGCAAUUAG